AUGGCUCACUGCAUCUUCUAUCAGAGCCAAGGUCAAGCAAAGUGGAGGCAGAAAAAUGAUGGCCUGCGACUGAUUGGCAACGAGUCCUUUGCAUUGCCAUUCUGGAAUUUCGCUACAGGCAAAAACGAAUGCGACGUGUGCACAGAUCAAUUUUUUGGAGCAUCAAGGCCAGAUGAGCUGAAUUUAAUAAGUCGUAAUUCAAGAUUCUCAGAAUGGGAGAUAGUUUGCAAUAGUUUGAAUGAUUAUAACCGUCUGGUCACACUGUGUAAUGGAAGCAACGAGGGGCCUUUGCAGAGGUACCCUUUUAGCAAAGCUGAUGAUAAGCUGCCAACCCUGGAAGACAUUCAGAAGUGUCUCUCUCUUCAGGAUUUUGAUAACCCUCCUUUCUUUCGGAAUUCUAGAUUCAGUUUCAGGAACACAUUGGAAGGUUUUGCUGAACCAGAUGGAAGCCUUGAACCGCCAAUCAUCAGUCUCCAUAAUUUGAUUCACUCUGUUUUGAAUGGAACGGGAGCUUUCCCCCAUUCUGCGGCAAAUGAUCCUAUUUUUGUGGUCCUUCAUUCCUUCACUGAUGCUGUAUUUGAUGAGUGGAUGAAACGAUUCAACCCAUUGGACACUGCCUGGCCCAAGGAACUGGCACCCAUUGGUCACAACCAGAUGUUUAACAUGGUGCCCUUCUUCCCCCCUGUCACCAAUAAGGAAAUGUUUCUAACUGCUGAGCAACUUGGCUAUAGCUAUGACAUUGAUCUAGCAGAAUCUGAUGAAGAAUCCCAGGCUUGGGCCCUGAUGGUGGGAUCCACUAUUGUAGGAGCUCUCGUAGUUUUAGUUGUGCUGGCCCUUCUCCUUAUCCUCUUACAACACAAGAGACACCGGAAAGGCUUUGAGCCACUAAUGAAUGCACAGUUCAAUGUAAAACAGUACGUGAAUGAGCCGUAGCGGUGAGGUGCUGCUUUACAGUAUCUCUCCCCAUUAGAUCUUGAAUUGAUUGAUUUAUAGCAGUUUUCCCUCAACCUUGGUGGCUUUAACCUGCAUGGAAUCUUUAUGAAAGGUACCUAUUCAUCAUUAUAUUCUUUUGAAGUAAUUAUCUCAGUACAAGUUCCCCAAAACUGCAAAUAGACAAGACCAGAGUCAUAAAUUUGAGAGGGG